CCUUGGGGGACACUGCUUCCUCGUUUUGGGACCAUCGACGGUGUAAUAGGCUAUUAACAGAAGCAGUCCGCGUCUGCUCCAGAGUAUAUUCGAGGCUUAAGGUUGGAGGUAGGCCUACUGUCCAAUGUAAAUAUAAAUACUUCGUAGAAUGGUCUUCAGUCAAGUUCUGGCUGGUUAAAGACAAUAAGCGUCUACACUGUGACCGACAUUAAUCUACGGACAAUCAGUUUGUCCAAAACAAAAGCAAAAACGACAACUCAAGCUCUCAAAGUUACUUUCUUGCUAUCUACAGGAGGAGAACAUUCCCAGUGCGAAGUUAGCGUUCAUGUUUUGUUUGCUAACGUUAACUACUACUACUACUACUGCUGUGCGGAGUAAAGGCAAAGGACAUUCAGGUCAUUGCAGUUCCCAUCGUGACGACCUGAAAUGGCUUACUCACAGAUCCGCCUGAAGAUUCUCCCCAGCGUUCGCUGUCUGUUUGAUAAACCAGUGCAGGUAAAAUUAGAGGGACUUAUUCCUCACAAACCAGUUGAACUGAGGUCCAAACUAAUUGAUGACAGAGGGGUGAUUUUCAAGGCUUCUGCUCUGUACAAAGCGGAUGAAACUGGCCAGGUGGAUGUCUGCCGUGCACCCUCGCUGGGAGGAAGUUACACCGGAGUGGAGCCCAUGGGUUUGUUUUGGGCCAUGGCACCUGAGACUCCACACAGUAAAUUCCUAAAGAAGAAUGUGCUCAGCCCAACGCUGGUGGAGAUAGAAGCACUGAGUGGAGACACUGGUCAUCUCUUAGCCUCUGAAACCAACGAGAGAAGAUACAUGAAAGAGGGGAUGAAUAGAAUACUUUUGCAAGAGGGAAGAAUAAAAGGAGUCCUCUUCAUACCACCAGGAAAUGGGCCAUUCCCAGGAAUAGUGGAUUUGUACACACUUGGUGGAGGUCUCACUGAGCCCAGAGCCAGCCUCCUAGCAAAUAAAGGUUAUGUUGUUUUGGCACUGGCUUAUUAUGGUUUCCAGGAUUUACCAAAAAACCCUACAAAGUGGGAUUUGGAGUACUUUGAAGAGGCAGUAACAUACCUAAGGGGACGGCCAGAGGUUAAAGGUCCAGGGAUUGGCAUCCUAUCAAUCUCUCAGAGUGGUAGUUUGGCUUUGGCAAUGUCGUCUUUCCUCUCUGGCAUCUCAGCGACGGUCUGUGUUAAUGCCUGCAUUGCAAAUAUUUUGAUUCCUUUACACUACAAGGACAUUGUUAUACCUCCGCUUUCUCCUGUCAUGGAGAAUAUUAAAAUCACAGAAUCUGGGCUUCUAGAUAUACGCAACGCCUUACCAGACACUUCCUUGGAAAAGAACAGGGUGUCGUUGUUUCCAAUUGAACGUGCCAGCUGCCAGUUCCUGUUUGCUGUUUCUGAAGAUGACCACAACUGGAAGAGUGCUUUAUUUGCCAAGCAGGCUGCUGCGACGCUGAGGAAUCAUGGCAAAGAGUGUAUUAAGGUGGCAACAUACCCUAAAGCUGGACACUUUUUGGAAGUCCCUUACAUGCCUUUUUGUCCGUCUGGGUUUCAUGCAGCAGUGGGGAAUGUUGUGAUGUUUGGUGGGGAGGCAAAAGCCAACUCCGAGGCUCAGCUGGACUUGUGGGAAAGAGUCCAGGAAUUCUUCAAGAGCCACCUGGGCCCUGUUUCAGAAAGCAGGCUUAACAAACUCUGAGCUUAUCCCUGAGCUCUGGGUUGAUUGAGCCUAAGGUGGGAAACGCUGAAUUUUCGGUUCCAGAACAGCUGAUAAGAAGUUCAAUCAACUCUGAGUAUGUUGAGCCUGAUGGAAGGGCGUGCGUGGGGAUGAAAAAAGCCAUCAUCAAUGGAGCUCCGAUACUACGAUCAUUAUGGCAACGGGUAAAUAACGACAGAGCCUCCAUUUUAAUCGGGUGAAGCUAUAAAUAUGAAUGCAUUCCAACGCGGACCCUGAUUGGCUCUAAACGUAGGAGUUGAAGAAGGAUCAAUGUGUUAACAUUAUUAGGCUACUAUACAGUGUUGCUCAUUCGUCAUUUACUAGACUGGAAUUUCAUUAAUGAAUGAUAAAGUGCUGGAAUUUUCUUACAGCCCAUUACAUUUGAUUUUAAAUAGGAAGGUUAUAUUUAUUAAACUGUAACCUGACGGGACAAAGUGCCGGCGGCAGUCGGCUACCUGAUUAUGAAAAUAGGUAGGCUAUAGAUCAAAUAUAAGACAGUUUACUCCUGAACCUGUGAUUGUAAAGUCAGUCACACCUAGCAGGUUAGCCUAUAAAUUAUUUUUUUGCAGUGGAAAAUGUGUCUAUUGGUUAAAGUUUGAGACGUCUAUUUCACAUUAAUAAAAUCUUGCUCUUUUCAUAUUUUAUUAAUGCUGUCAAAACACAUUCAGACUAUCAGCAGGUAAUAAAGAAAAACUCACUUUUAACCUUAUUUAGGCCUGUUUGUUUCAGCUGCACCACAGUCAUCAUCACUCGGAAAUAGUCACAUCUCCAGUUGAUAACUACAAAUGUUCCAAUCAUGCGACUUGCCUACAAUAUGAAAGAUUACUGUUUACCAAUCAGUUUUAUAGGUUAUAUAUUAAACAGUGAUUACUGCAGUAAUGUAUCCCACAGUAAGUGUUUUCAGUGCAACUGUCCACAGAGUCACAGCGUUAUACCUAAACACGGAUAUAGAUUUUAUUCUGGGGUGAGGAAAAUCCACAAUGUGCGGAGAUCUGUCCAUACAUCGAUGACAGAUUGAUCAUAAAGCAGUCAUCUUCAAGAUCAUGUUUGGGUAAAAAACGAAUAACCUAUCUAACUUUUUAAAAGUUUUUAAAGAUGUAAAUGCGUUCAGAUAUGUGCUUUGAUAUCGACAGUAUGAAUGAGGAAAUGAAACGGUGUCAGACAGCCGCCUCAGGAUCCGCUGGAGGGGAGGAGUCAGAGAGAAACUGACAGUUUUCCAACUUAUCCUGAACCUAAACAACAUCAGUUCCCGGAUUUACUGAUCUAGGGUUUAUCUGAUCUCGCUCUCUGAAACAGAAAACUUAGAGUUUCCCUCAUGUCAGGCUUAACAUACUCAGAAUUUUCACUAAUCCCGCUUUCUCAAACGGGGCCCUGGACAACAAGGGCACUUGUUAGCAAGCACUGCUGCAUCAAGUGGCUGUCCUUAAUAAUAGCCUUGCCUUUACUUUCUAAUGAAUGAAAACAGUCAUUAGGGUCAAAUGUGUAUUAAAUUAUACAGUAUCAUAUGUUGAAGCUUUGGAUUAAUGACUUUCUCAACAAACUCAGCAUUUCAUGGUUCAAACAUAUGUAUUUAGUUAUAAUCCUUUUCAGAGCAGAUAUUUUGAUACAUGAAUAAGAAUCAUGUGGUGACAUAAACUAACAAAAGCACUCCCACGAUAGCAAGGCUAUUUUGCUAACCUGAAUCUUUUGUUUAUUUCAAUGUGUGUAUUGUUAAUGAUUAGGAGGUAAUGAACUUUUUUCAGCUUCUGAAUGAAGGUGUGACAGAAAAAGUGAGCGAGAAUGCACCAUACCAGGACUCUGGGACUGACACAUCUAAAUGGAAUGCAGCAAAAAACAGCUUUGCUUCUCCUAAAAUGACAUGUCCUGCUUUUCAAAUUAAGAAGUCUUACUAAUCAUCUCGCAUAACUUAAGCACUUUACAUUAAACAAGCCUGCUGUGCCAACUUUAUUGGUGAUAAAAGUUUAUAUAUUUGGUUUGUGGUUGGAAAAGGAUGGAGAAAUAAUUAUAUUCUUUUGACUA